GUGCAGGGUCAGCUGCUGGGGGUGGGGGGAAAAGGGCUGCGCUCCUGAACCAGGGACAGCAGCACAAGGGAGAGGACCAGAACCCUCCUGGCCCCCCAAGGCAGGGGGCGCUGGCCGCAACCAGGCCCUGACCCCAGCUGACCCUGAUGGCCCAAAUGGGGCAGGGGUUCUAAUUUUAGCUCCAGUCUCAGGGCCCACACUCCGGGAGUGCCCACACAAGAGCACAGGGGCGGCCAGGGCGGCUCAGGCAAGGGAGGACUGGGGCCACCAGCCCUGCACCCUGGCCAGGCCAUCCCCUGUAGCUGCCCUGACAGGUCCCUCAUGGCCUGGCAGGCAGCCCUCAUCUCUGGCAAGGGCAAGGUCAGGGGGUGCAGCCAAGAGGGCAGAAGGGCACCGGCUUGCAGUCUGGACAGGGGUUACCUCAGCCCGGGGCAAGGGGCCCUGCGGAGAGGGCAGAGGCUGGCUUGGUCGUCCAGAGAGCAAGGAAGCAAAGUCCUGACCACAGAAGGUGAGGCCAGAAAUCUGGGGACGACUUGGCCUCCUCGUGCCUGGCCGGUGACUCACUGUUUGAUCUUAGGCAGAUAGCCUGCUCUGGAGGGGCCUCAGUCUUCUCAUCUGUACAAUGAGGCCACGGGACUAGAAGACUGACCAGCAGCUCCAGCCACCCACCCUCAGGCCCCCGCUCCUCCUGCUGACCGGCGGAGACCUUCUAGCUUCCCCUGGCCCCAGCUCUGGGUGGCCACAUGCAGUCGUGGAGAAGAAAGUCUCUCUGGCUGGCACUGUCAGUCUCCUGGCUCCUCCUCAUCCUCCUGGGGGCACCCCCACUUCUCCGCCUGGCAGAGCCCCCCAGACUUCGGACAGGGGCCCCCCACAGCUGGCCUCGCUGGCUGGAUGCAGAUCUCCUGCAGAGUUUCUCCCAGCCUGGGGAGCUCCUGGAAGAUGCCCCUCGACCUCCUCCAGCCCCGCUUGGCAGCAGCUGCAGCUGGGGAACCUGCUUUGACACCUCUCGGUGCAAGGGUGCUGGGCUCAAGGUUUUCAUGUCCCCGGCAGCCGGACCUAUCUCUGAGACUCAUCGACGGAUCCUGGCUUCCAUUGAGGGCUCCCGCUACCACGCAGCCAGCCCCAGCGAAGCCUGCCUCCUCCUCCUCCUCAGCCUGGAUGCCCCAGCUGGAGAGCCCAGCCCAGUGCCGCCGCACUGGAAUGGGGGCAGGAACCAUCUGGUCCUCAGUCUCCACCCAGCCCCCCACCCCCAGACCUUCCACCUGGGACAGGCCAUGGUGGCUGAGGCCAGCCCCACUGUGGACACCUUCCGGCCCGGCUUCGACGUGGCCCUCCCGCUUCUCCCCGAUGCCCACCCGUUGCAAGGUGGAGCUCCCGGCCAGAUGCAGCAGCACAGCCCCCACCCCGGGGUGGCCCUGCUAGCCCUGGCAGAGGAGAGGGGCAGGUGGCGCACAGCAGGCACUGACGCCUCUGCCUGUUCCUGGAGUGGACACUGUGAGCAGGACCCUGGACCCGAGCAGACCCACCCCGGGGCAACGCUGCCCAACGCCACCUUCUGCCUCAUCUCUGGCCGCCGCCCUGAUGCCCUGCUCUUCCUCCAAGCCCUGCAGGCUGGCUGCAUCCCCGUGCUUCUCAGUCCCCGCUGGGAGCUGCCCUUCUCUGAGGUUAUCGACUGGACCAAGGCAGCCAUUGUAGCUGAUGAGAGGCUCUCGCUUCAGGUCCUGGCUGCCCUCCGGGAGCUGCCCCCUGCGCGGGUCCUCGCCCUGCGUCAGCAGACCCAGUUUCUGUGGGAUGCCUAUUUCUCCUCGGUGGAGAAGGUCGUCCACACCACUCUGGAGAUUAUUCAGGACCGGAUCUCUGGAGCCUCUGCUCACCCCUCACUGCUGUGGAACAGCCCCCCGGGGGCACUCCUGGCCCUGCCUACUUUUUCCACGAGUCCACAGGACUUCCCUUUCUACCACCUGCAACAGGGCUCCCGCCCUGUGGGCAGGUUCAGCGCCCUGAUCUGGGUGGGGGCCUCAGGCCAGCCCCCACUGAAGCUCAUCCAGGCGGUGGCAGGCUCCCAGCACUGUGCCCAGAUCUUGGUUCUCUGGAGCAGUGAGAGGCCACCACCACCCAAGAGGAAGUGGCCUGAGACAGCAGUGCCCUUGACAGUCAUUGACGGGCACAGGAAGGUCAGUGACCGCUUCUUCCCGUAUAGCACCAUCAACACCGAAGCCAUCCUCAGCCUUGAUGCCCACAGCAGUCUUUCCACAAAUGAGGUAGACUUUGCCUUUGUGGUGUGGCAGAGCUUUCCGGAGCGGAUGGUGGGCUUUCUGACGUGGAGCCACUUCUGGGACGAGGCCCGGGGCAGCUGGGGCUACACUGCUGAGAAGGUCAACGAGUUCUCCAUUGUGCUCACCACAGCCGCCUUUUACCAUAGUUAUUAUCACACCUUGUUCACCCACUACCUGCCCAAAGCUCUGAGGACCCUGGCAGAUGAGGCACCCGCCUGUGUGGACGUCCUGAUGAAUUUCCUGGUAGCAACAGUAACCAAACUGCCCCCUAUCAAGGUGCCCUAUGGGAAGCAGCACCAGCAGGCCAGCCCUCCACCGGCGCCAGGGGAGCCGGAGCCGCAGCCCCCAGCCUGGAACUGCAUCAACCGGAUGGCGGAAGGCUUUGGCCAUAUGCCCCUGGUGUCCUCGCACCUCCGCUUGGACCCGGUGCUCUUCAAGGACCCGGUGUCCGUGUUGCGCAAGAAAUAUCGCAGCCUGGAGAAGCCCUAGGAGGAACAAGCGCCGACCCCAACCCUGCUCCUAGGGCGUGCAACACCCACCUGGGCUCUCAGCCCCUUCCUUUGAGACAGCUGGAGAACCAAUCAGGGCAGAUAGUUGGCCAAGAUGACGUAUCGCUCCUGGCCAAUCACAUCCAUGGCGCCUACAGUGAGGGGGCGGGGGCGGGGGGCGGGGGCGGGGCCCCACUCUACCUUCGCACCGCGCAGGCUCUCUGCAGCAGUGUUUGCCUAUACCGAAUUCUUUGGCCUGGAGUACCCCUCUGCCUCUCCACUAAGCUAACAUCUGCUUGCUUUUCAGACCCUCAGCUCCUCCAGGGAGUUGGCUUCCCCGCCCCCGGACGGGCUUGGUCUCUUCCUUUGUGCUCUCAGAGCCUAGGGCUUCCCGCAGUCCCAGCACUGUUCAUGCUGUUUUGCAGUGUUUACACCUGCAGGCCCCAGGACUGACCCUGGAACCCCGGGAGGCAAGGUCCUGUCCUCUUCUCCUUGGCCUGGCAGGUGCACGACAGAUAAUUGACGAAUAGAUAGCUGGAACAGACAUUUAAUGGGCGUCUACUGCAUGCCGUGUGAACAGGGCGUGCAGAGAGACAAAACUCUACCCUCCACGCCCCGGGAUUCCCAGUCCGGGAGGAAAGUGGCCACCCACAGACAUCUAGGUCGCCAGGCCCAAUCCUUGCGCCCCGGUAAAGGAGCAAGGAAGCUCUAGGAGGAGAGUUUCGGGGCUUCCUUCCCCGCGGAGCGGAGGGCGGGGAGGAGAAAGGAGGAUGGGAAGGCAGGUAGGCGGUUCCCCCCAAUCCCGCCUAGAACCCCGGGUUCCGGCUUGACACCGCGCCCUGCAUUACCGACCUUGACCGCAAGAGGUCAGCACCGCGCUCCCGCCUCCCCGAAAGAAAAUGGAGUUUUAAACACCCACCGAGUCAGAAAGCCGGCAGGGGGAGUAGAGGGUGGGCGGUGUGUGCAGCCCCAGGUCUGAACCCUGAGGGGACGAAUCUGAAAGGGCCCCACCCCUUUGGCCCUUACCCUUGGGACUCAAUAAUAAGGGGUCAUUUCUGGGUGGAUUAGUGGGAGUAGGGGCUGUCCUGAUUGCUCUUGGAGGUGAGGGUGGAACGAGGGAGGGGGCCCUGGGUUCUCCCGGGUUCACCCACCUGGAACUGGAAUUAUCACCUCCGAAAUAAAGCGCACGUCCCGGC